AUGUUUCAAAUAUCAUCCGACCAUGUAUCGGAAUUUUCUAACAAAACCGUUACUAUACCGACGAAUAUUAGCCUCCCGUUGGAUUUGACUGAAACGAUACCGAAAUUCGAGAACCGAUCGGUAAAUGUAACGACAACAUCAGCUAAAGACGAUGUCUACUGCGACAAUUCUGGUGAAGAUUUUAAUUCAAGUGAUUCAAUGUCAUCGGUGAAUGACAUGAUCUACUACAUAGCCAUUGCCUUUGCUUCCAUACUCCUGGUUGUCAUGAUGUCCGGUGUUGUUUCCAGCAUCAUUUACUUCUACGUCAUCAGAGAUUCAAAAAUUUUUCCCGAAAUUACAUCAAGGAGUAAUUAUAGGAAUGUAUCCAAGUGGAGCGUUGCAUCUAAAAAUCAGAAAGUUUAA